AUGGCCCUGUCUGGGGCUGGUCUCCGCGGCUUAUCGUUGAAUACUUCGCCGGCACAUGGUUCCGCCGAGAGCGUUACUGGAUGGAGAGCAUCUCGAUCAGAGUCAUGCCUUUCAACUGGUUCAGCAAGGAGCGUUUACACUAACACGCUUCAUCUGGCCUGCCGGAAAUGCAAUCACUGGCACAACAAGACGCUCGUGGCCAUUCCACGCAAAAUCGGUUUCCAAGUCAGGGUCAAGUGCGAGAAUUGCUCAUAUACCUUGUUCGCACUCGGCGGUAAUUCGACUCAGUCCACGUUUGCCUCAGCGCUUACGGUUCAGAGGAACUCGAGUCAGUGGAGUGUGCCUCCUUUGGACCCUAAUGAGGCCGGGCCGUCAACUUCCACGCCUCCGCAUCCCGUGCUUCAUUCGAAUCCUUUUCCCGAUAAUUUAAGUCAUAUCACCGAGAAAUCCCCCGGGCCCGCUUCUGUUGCCGAGCAUGAAUCAGAGACAGCAGAUGUAGAGCAUCCAUCGCCAUCUCAGACUCGGGAAUCUUUCGAUGGGGGAGUGAUAGAUCAUAUACUCCCAACGCCGUCGAAUGGGAAGAAAACCUUACUGUUGGGGAGAAAAGAAAAAGUUCGCAUGAGAAUUCGAGCAGGCCUGGAGCCUUUGCGAAGAUCUUUAGGCCGACUAGCUCGGAAAUUGAGGACAGUCAAAUUUGACGGCCGGCUGUCCACUGCAAAACGGCGUGAUAAAGUGCUUGACGCGGUCGAUCUGAGCGCCGAAGAGAACGACAUCAGCACUUCAGCAAACGAAAUGGACGAGAUAACAGCUACCCAGCUAAAUUUAGAAAAUUUCGAGACAUUACUUCUUCCGCAGCUUACACGCUCGAGGAGCUCACUUUCAUCAAGCAUCAGUGACAGCGAGCUACCGACAAUUGUGCCAGAGCAGCCUGACAGGGAGGUUGUCAUCCGCGACGUGAACACCAAUGAAGACCUGAUCGCAGCUAGCCGCGAGGCGACAGGAGAAGCUCCCGGUCAAGGCUUUUCGCGGAACUCUCUACCCUCGUAUGACAAAAUCCCGGAUAUCAAAUAUGCACGGAUCAAGCAAAAGAGGAUCAUCAAGACUCGCCAACAUGACGCUCGUAUGAGGCGAAUGUUUGCGGGAAUCGGUUGUCAGUGCGAUGAUGGUUGUUCCUGCAUAGUCUCUGCUCGGUCGAUGAAUAUCCUUGAGGGAAGCACUUCAAGCAUAGGAUCAACUAGUGUGAUAAUAAGCAGUGGAGUCGGCGUUGCCGCGCGCAAUACUCUUGCUCUUGUUCCGUCCGAUUUUCUCGGGAUUGGCCAACACUUCUACGCCAGUCCAAAUGCGCGGAGCUACGGGAGCAGGGAUAGCCAAUUGUCAACCUGCGCAUCGGAGAUUAGCAUCCGCUCGGCUCCUGAAUAUUCGGCAGGGCUUCAAGAGCUGAGCCCGCUGCAGGGAUGGCGUAUCUCAGCCUAG